CGUACCAAGAUGGCGGCAGAAGCAGCUGGUGGGAAGUACAGGAGCACAGUCAGCAAAAGCAAAGACCCCUCGGGGCUGCUCAUCUCCGUGAUCAGGACUCUAUCUACGAGUGAUGAUGUGGAGGACAGAGAAAAUGAAAAGGGCCGUCUGGAAGAAGCCUAUGAAAAGUGUGACCGUGACCUAGAUGAGCUGAUCGUACAGCACUACACCGAGCUCACGACGGCCAUCCGCACCUAUCAGAGCAUCACGGAGCGCAUCACUAAUUCUCGAAAUAAAAUCAAGCAGGUAAAGGAAAACCUGCUUUCCUGCAAGAUGUUGUUGCAUUGCAAACGGGAUGAGCUCCGGAAGCUGUGGAUUGAAGGAAUUGAGCACAAGCAUGUCCUAAACCUGCUGGAUGAAAUUGAGAAUAUCAAGCAAGUGCCCCAAAAACUGGAACAGUGCAUGGUCAGCAAGCACUAUCUCAAUGCCACGGACAUGUUGGUGUCAGCAGUAGAUUCUUUAGAGGGCCCCCUUCUUCAAGUAGAGGGGCUGAGUGACCUGAGACUGGAGCUUCACAGCAAGAAGAUGAACCUUCAUCUGGUUCUCAUAGAUGAGUUGCAUCGGCACCUGUACAUCAAAUCAACUAGUCGUGUUGGGCAGCGGAAUAAGGAAAAAGGAAGAAUGAGCUCUCUUGUGAAAGAUGCUUCCCCAGUGCCCCUGCUUGAUGUCACAAACAUGCCUACACCUCGAAAGUUUCUUGACACUUCUCAGUUUGGUACUCCUGGAAGCUCAACUGUCAGAGAAAUGAACCUGCAGGACAUCAAGGAAGAUUUGGAGCUGGAUCCAGAAGAGAAUAGUAACCUCUUUAUGGGCAUUCUCAUCAAGGGGCUAGCCAAACUAAAGAAGAUUCCAGAAACAGUUAAGGCUAUCAAGGAACGCCUGGAACAAGAGCUAAAGCAAAUUGUGAAGAGGUCCACAACUCAGGUAGCAGACAAUGGCUACCAGAGAGGAGAGAACCUCUCUUUGGAGAACCAACCAAGAUUGCUGCUAGAGCUUCUAGAGCUUCUCUUUGACAAAUUUAAUGCUGUGGCUGCUGCUCACUCUGUGGUCUUGGGAUAUCUCCAGCAGACUGUUGUGCCUCCAUCAACCCAGCAUGAAGACAUCAAGUUGUAUGAUAUGGCAGAUGUUUGGGUCAAGAUACAAGAUGUCCUGCAGAUGCUGCUGACAGAGUAUUUGGAUAUGAAGAACACUCGAACAGCUUCUGAACCAUCAGCUCAGCUGAGUUAUGCCAGCACGGGACGGGAAUUUGCAGCUUUUUUUGCCAAAAAGAAACCUCAAAGGCCAAAAAACUCUCUCUUUAAGUUUGAGUCAUCCUCCCAUGCUAUCAGCAUGAGUGCCUACUUGCGUGAGCAGAGAAGGGAACUGUACAGCCGCAGCGGAGAACUUCAAGGAGGACCUGAUGACAACUUAAUUGAAGGUGGAGGAACAAAAUUUGUCUGCAAACCUGGAGCCCGAAAUAUAACUGUCAUAUUCCAUCCAUUACUCAGGUUUAUUCAAGAGAUCGAGCAUGCCUUGGGACUUGGUCCAGCCAAACAGUGUCCUCUUCGAGAGUUUCUCACCAUGUACAUCAAAAACAUAUUCCUCAGCCAGGUCUUGACAGAGAUCAACAAAGAGAUUGAAGGAGUCACCAAGACGUCUGACCCUUUAAAGAUCCUGGCUAAUGCAGAUACCAUGAAAGUACUGGGAGUGCAGCGGCCUCUCCUACAGAGCACAAUAAUUGUGGAGAAGACCGUGCAAGACCUCAUGAACCUGAUGCAUGACCUCAGUGCAUACUCUGAUCAGUUCCUCAACAUGGUGUGUGUUAAGCUCCAGGAGUACAAGGACACCUGCACAGUUGCCUACAGGAGCAUUGCCCAAUCAGAGGAGAAGCUAGUAAUCAGUGCAUCCUGGGCAAAAGAUGAUGACAUCAGCAGACUUCUAAAAUCUCUGCCAAACUGGACUAAUAUGGCUCAACCCAAACAGCUGAGACCUAAGAGAGAAGAGGAAGAAGAUUUCAUAAGGGCAGCCUUUGGCAAGGAGUCUGAAGUUCUAAUUGGGAACCUGGGUGAUAAAUUAAUCCCACAACAAGAGAUCCUACGUGAUGUCAGUGACCUAAAGGCUUUGGCCAACAUGCAUGAAAGCUUGGAGUGGUUGGCAGGACGAACAAAGUCAGCUUUUUCCAAUCUUUCAGCAUCUCAAAUGCCUUCCCCUGGUCAAGAUAACCACAUGAGCAUGGAUCUCCCUCCAGGGUCAGAACAGAUCAUGCAGACGCUGAGUGAACUGGCCAAAUCUUUCCAGGAAAUGGCUGACCGCUGCCUGCUGGUUCUGCAUUUGGAAGUCAGAGUUCACUGUUUUCACUAUCUCAUCCCUCUGGCAAAACAAGGGAAUUAUGCCAUUGUUGCUAACGUGGAAAGUAUGGAUUAUGACCCUCUGGUGGUUCGGCUUAAUAAAGACAUAAGUGGCAUUGAAGAGGCCAUGAGUUCCAGUCUGCAGCAGCACAAGUUCCAGUAUAUCUUUGAAGGUUUGGGCCACUUGAUUUCCUGCAUCUUGAUCAAUGGGGCCCAGUACUUCAGGCGUAUCAGUGAGUCCGGCAUCAAGAAAAUGUGCAGAAACAUCUUUGUGCUUCAGCAGAACUUGACCAACAUCACCAUGUCACGAGAGGCAGACCUGGACUUUGCAAGGCAGUACUAUGAGAUGCUGUACAACACAGCUGACGAGCUCCUGAACCUGGUGGUUGACCAAGGGGUGAAGUACACGGAGCUGGAGUACAUUCACGCCUUAAAUUUGCUGCACCGAAGUCAGACCGGCGUCGGGGACCAGACCACUCAGAACAUGAGGCUCCAGCGCCUCAAGGAGAUCAUCUGUGAGCAGGCCGCCAUCAAACAAGCCACUAAGGACAAGAAAAUAACCACUGUGUAAUCCACGCCUCCUGGUCUACUGUCACGCAGUAGGAGCUGUGACCAUCGCAAGCUUGUCCUGCUGUAACGGCCAAUGGUCACUACAUGUGUGCUCACUUUUGUUUUGCUGUCUGUUUUUAUCCUGCAUCCUUCUUUGGUAUGUAAUCUGAUCAAUUCUGCCCUGAGGAAUCCCUACUCAUAUCCCUAGUGGAGGCAGCCCUAAAGGGAGGGUUUAAUGUGGUAACUUCCGAAAGGAUUCAGAGUGGGAGUGGGGAUUGUGCCAGAUGGUUGGGAUCUGAGUAGGGAAGGACGAAUAUGCCUAUAAGAGUACCUCCUCAGCUUAUAAACACUCUGACCUUGGAGAAGAAAGUCCCUUCAUGUAAUCUCAUUGAUCUGAAAGAUGUUAUAAGGGUUGUAUUUCAUAGACAGUAAGGUUCUCACUCCCUUGAUGCUAUUAAUUUUUAGUACAAUGAAAUAUCUAGCUCUGCAUUCACUACUCUUUGCCUUUCUCUUGCCCAGACCUACCUAGGCAGUUAAUUGAGUAGUCCAGGCAGGCAGGCUGUGGUCUCCAGGGUGGGAUUUUAUGACCAGGUAGGAGGCCUUCCCUCUGCCAUCACUGGAGGCUGGAUCACAUGUUCCUAUUCUGCCACACCCAGGGCAGUGUUACCAUGGAAUAUUUUGCUAACUGUGUUGUCUUUCUCUUUGCUUUAUCUGAACCAAGAGCCAUCACACUAGUGGUAAGGUGUGCAGCCAACCAUGGAAGCAGGGAUCUUUUUUUCCCCCACUUUCCAAGAGGAAAUGUUCCUUAAAGGAUAUUAUGAGGACUGGUCAAUUACCAACAAGUUAAAUGGAGCUAAAAUACUGCCUUAUUCACAGAGUCAGUCCCAGUAGCCUCCUCAUAUUUACACAAAUGGGCACAAAGACUUAUAACAUUAAUUCCUGUCUUGGCUUCCCAGUCAAGCCUAUUCUCAAAUGGACUUGUGUUGUGGCUCACCUUUCCUCUAGCACAUCCUACCCCUAACCCCACUCACCACACUCUCAAGUGUUGUUGGCCUUCCAAGUGUAAACAUCAUUGAAACCUUAGCAGGACAACACACUGUGCACUGUCUGUGCCCCAUCCUCUUUGUAGGUGGAAGAAGGAAGGAGAACCACCAUAUAACGCGAUGCCCCUGGCACUGAUGGUCUUGAAUUUUGCAAACUGCUUGUACAACGUUGGGCUUGGGGGAGAAUGGAAAAUUAAAGGACGUUUUGAGAAUCUUUA